AAAUUCCAACCUCCUCGGAUUCUUUAGCAUUUCCAGUCCAGCUUCUUCCCAAGUAUUGACGAACCCGACCUACAGAGCUUAACAAAGUUACAAUACACUACAACUACAGCUUACCUAGCCAGUAACGACAUCUUAGAGAUUUUAUUUUCUCUAAACGUCCCGUCUUGACGAAUGAAGCUAUUACUCUAGCUUGAAUUGAUGAAUUUCCUUUUGUCAUGACGGGAAAAUAUAUACUCGGAUCGAGACGGCCUUGAAACAGAGACCGCCUUUAAGUUGACUUACAGGCAAAGUUCUAUAUUCAAUCACAUUGUAACUUUGGGACGUAAUAAAUAAUCCAGCAUAACUUCCACCAAGCUAUUUAACAUAGAGCUGCAAUAAUUCUUUAUCUUUCUACUCCCGAAUCGCCCGUCGUACUUUUACCAGCCAUGUCGAAUCCGGCUCUUAAUUUCGUCACUUUCAACCAAGAUCACAGCUGCCUAGCUGUCGGAACCUCCAAGGGAUUUCGUAUCUACCAUACCGAGCCGUUCUCCAAGAUCUUCAGUAGCGAUGAUGGCAAUAUUACUAUUGUUGAGAUGCUUUUCUCAACAUCGCUCGUCGCUUUCGUACUCUCACCUCGCCACCUCAUAGUGCAGAAUACAAAGCGCGCAUCGGUUAUAUGCGAACUUACCUUCCCAUCCGCUAUCCUCGCCGUCCGUCUAAACCGCAAGCGAUUAGCCGUCGUACUCGAGGAUGAAAUCUACCUCUAUGACAUAACUACCAUGUCGCUCCUCACUAAUAUCGCGACCUCCCCGAACCCCGCCGCUGUCUGCGCAUUGUCGCCUUCCCACGAGCAUUCCUACCUCGCUUAUCCUUUACCGAAACCUCGAGAAGAUACCCAGGAUAAACGACCUUCGCAUGCGCCACCAGCUUCUCUCUAUGCUCCCGUAACAUCCGGAGAUGUCCUUAUAUAUGAUACGUUGACUAUGCGGGCUGUUAACGUGGUCGAGGCCCAUCGCUCUCCCUUAUCCUGUAUUGCGCUCAACAGCGAAGGGACUCUGCUAGCAACAGCUAGCGAGACAGGGACGAUUAUCAGAGUAUUCUCGGUGCCUCGUGGAGAGAAACUAUUCCAAUUUAGGCGUGGAACAUAUCCUAGCACGAUCUAUAGCAUGUCCUUCAACAUGGCGAGCUCGCUUCUCUGUGUCUCUUCUACUUCAGAUACCGUACACAUAUUCCGACUCCAGCAGCCUGGGCCUAACGGUAGCAAUGCUGAGGCACAGAGCCCUACAUCUCCUCGGAAGGAUCGUUGGUCUCGUAGCCGUAGCUACGAUAGUGGUAACGAUUCGUCUAAUAGCGCGCAGGGCUCUCCGCGCAGCGAAGCAGCUGAUGCUCCUAAGACAUCGACGGCGAACAAUCCAGUUGCGAAUAGGAGACAGAGCGGGUCAUUCAGUAGCAUACUACGUCGGUCGUCGCAGAUUAUGGGCCGUAGCGUAGCGGGUGUUGUAGGAAAUUAUCUGCCGCAGACUGUGACGGAGAUGUGGGAGCCGCUGCGCGAUUUUGCAUACAUCAAGAUACCAAAGAGCACUCGCGUCGGCGUAGCGAGCAACCAACAGUUGCGCAGCGUCGUGGCGAUGAGCAGUAGCAGCCCACAAGUGAUGGUUGUUACCAACGACGGCGGCUUCUACGUAUUCAACAUCGACAUGGAUCAAGGUGGAGAGGGGUACCUCGUAAAGCAGUUCUCUGUCCUCGAUAGCGACGAUAAGCUCGAUGCCUCGAAUUAUGGACCUUAGGGCAGUCAUGCUGGCCCGAGUAAUUCCAAGAAUCCCGGCCAGAGACGCAGAUUAUUACUAGAGACGAAGGAGGUGAAAGGUGACGAUGGUAAUGAGGGACCCGAGGACGAGAGUUGGCUGCACGUCAGCAAAGGAAAGGAUGGGCAUUCGGACGGCGUUUAAUGGCUAGGUUAGGUAGUUCUGGGGAGGGAGGGAGGAGCAUGGGGGGUUUUUUAUUUUUAUUUUUUUUAUUUUUCCCCUUGCCCUUUUCUUCUUAAUUCUACGACUCGUCUCUUACACCUCGAAGUGCCUACCACAUCCGAGGAGAAGCUCAUACCCCAGAGGAAGGAGGAUUUGUAAUUUUUUUUUUUUGUCUGGAGGAGAGAGAGCGUCGUGUUUUACGUCUUUGCAUUAAGCGUUUGGCGUCCAUGCGGCCUGGGAUUUUUAUUAGUUACGAGUUUACCGAGUAUCAAUCUUCAUCUAUUACAAUCCCGAAUCAAUAGUUUACUAUUUUUAAUAUUUUGUUUUUCUUCAACGACAAAGAGGGACGAAAGGAGAC